UGGGCACCGAGCUGUGGGCAGGCGAGCUACUCAACUGCACCCCUGUCAAUGUCCAUAACACCGCUUCCACCGCUGCAUCUGCCUCAUGACUGCCGAGCUCGCUGGCUAGCUAACGCUGAGGCUAACCUGACAAGGAGGACCAGGAAGUAGUAAGACAGCGGCGGUUUUCACGUCCUGAACGUCUCCUCCAGGCGGUCAGUCCGUUUGGUUGACUUGUUUGAGGUGAAGUAACACCACAGCGUGUAGCAGCUAACGGAGAAAGGUCUGUCCGUGUGUGCGGUGCGAGCAGUGGGGUGCAGUUGACGUUGCCUCCCCGUGUGUUUAAAAAAAAAAAAAAAAAAAAAACAGAAUUGAAGAUGGCGACCAGCUCAGAGCGCAGUCCUCCUCCGUUCCCCGACUCUGAGGACCAAGAUGUGCUGGACUCUGAAGAAGUCGCAGGCCGAGACAGUGAUGAAGACGACGGAGAGGAUCUCUUCAUGAGCGCAAGCAACCCCCCACUGACCGAAAUGGACCCCACACUGCCACCUGCCAGCCAAUCCAGCGAUGUUUUAAUGAAGCCUCCCACUGACAUCAUGAACGAUCCCUUAAUCGAGCCUGUCAGCAGCCAAACAGAAAGCAAUCCAGCUAGUGAAGUUGUCAGUGAACCCUCGGAUGAUUUUGUCGACCUUACAAACAACAUAACCGACUCUCCCGAUGACUCAAUCGCAGCUGAAAGUGCUGUUGCAGACGCAGCAAAAGACACAACUGAAAUCCCUUUAGAUGAACCCACAGAUGAUUUUGUUGACAUAAUUGGAAGUGAAACUCAAGCACCGGGAGAGGAAGUUGUGAUAGCAGAUGUUACAGUCGAAGCAGCUGCAGAUAAAAGUGAAGUGACCAGUGGUGCCACAGAUCCACCUGGUGAUGGAAAAACAGGAAGUGAUGCUGAACAGGAAGCAAAAGAAACUGCAACUGCUCCGGUUAUUGACCUUAGUGGAGAUUUGCCAGCCAGUAACACACAAGAGCCACCUAGCAGCGACAAAAUUGUUGACCCUUUGGUUGACCUCCUAAGUGCUGCUCCACCUGCUGCUGAUGCCAAAAAACCCAGCCAGGCAGCAGUCGAUCUGUUCGAAGAUGAAGGAAGCGACUUGUUCACAGAACCACUGCUGACUAAAUCUGCCAAACAGCCACAGAAAAGCCUCUUUGGUGAACCUGAUGAAGAUCUGUUCGGUGAGCCGCUAGGUGCCACCUCAAAGAAAACCAUCAGCAAAGAGCAGAAGGACAAAUCUGUCACAACUAAAGCUGCUAAGGAUGCUAGCAACAUAGGUGGGCCACUGCAAGACAGUAAUCCUGCAGAACCUGGUGACAUAUUCACGGAGGAAGCCAUCACCACAGUGCCCAGCAUCAAAAGCACCAGCACUGUCAACUCCAAGACUAAUGGAGUCCACUCUGAAGAAGAGACAGAUAUAUUUGCAGAAGCCACAGUGGAGCUCUCUCUUGACAGUCCGCGGGACCAGAGAAAGAAGGAUGCGACAGCCAAACCGUCAGCGUCCGCCCCCUCGCUGCUUGCAACUGCCAGCCUGACCAAGCCACAGCCUUCUGCCCUGGAGGAGCUGGAGGAAGAGGAAGAAGAGCUGGAAGACAAAUUUGACAUUAGUGUCUCUGUCAAAGACCCUGAAAAAAUAGGGGACGGGAUGAACGCCUACAUGGCCUACAAAGUAUCCACACAGACCACGCUGCCCAUGUUCCGCAACAAGACAUUUACAGUCAGGCGACGCUUCAGCGACUUCCUCGGCCUCUACGAGAAGCUUUCUGAAAAACAUGGACCAAAUGGAUACAUCGUGCCUCCGCCACCGGAGAAGAGCAUCCUGGGCAUGACAAAGGUGAAGGUGGGAAAGGAAGAUUCCUCGUCCGCAGACUUUGUUGAGAGAAGAAGAGGCUCUCUGGAGAGGUAUCUGCAGCGAGUGGUAAAUCACCCAUCGCUUCUCCAAGAUCCCGACGUCAGAGAGUUCCUGGAGAGAGAAGAAUUGCCCAGAGCAGUGAGCACCCAGGCUCUGAGCGGCGCCGGCUUCCUGAAAAUGAUCAACAAAGCAACAGACGCUGUCAGUAAAAUGACCAUCAAGAUGAAUGAGUCAGACGUGUGGUUUGAGGAGAAGCUGCAGGAGGUGGAGUCUGCAGACCAGCAGUUCAGGAAGCUCCACGCGCUGGUCGAGUCUCUGGUCGUCCACAGGAAAGAGCUGUCGUUAAAUACAGCCAGCUUUGCAAAAAGCACGGCCAUGCUGGGCAGCGCGGAGGACAACACCGCUCUGUCCCGAGCGCUCUCUCAGCUGGCAGAGGUGGAGGACAAGAUGGAGCAGUUGCACCAGGACCAGGCUGCAAACGACACCUUCAGCUUCGCCGAAGUCAUCGCCGAUUACAUCCGCCUGCUUGGAGCCGUGAGGGGGUCGUUUGAUCACCGGAUAAAGGCGUGGCAGCGUUGGCAGGAUGCUCAGGCCGUGCUGCAGAAGAAGAGGGAGACUGAGGCCAAACUGCUGUGGGCCAACAAGCCAGACAAACUGCAGCUGGCCAAAGAGGAGAUCGCUGAGUGGGAGGCCAAAGUGACGCAGUAUGAGAGAGACUUUGAACGGGUUUCUGCAACUGUGCGCAAGGAAGUCAUCCGCUUUGAGAAAGAAAAGGCCAAGAAUUUCAAAAGACAGGUGAUCAAGUACUUGGAGUGUCUGCUUCAGUCCCAGCAACAGCUGAUAAAAUACUGGGAGGCGUUCUUACCGGAAGCAAAAGCAAUCGCCUAAUCGUCGAGCACCAGCCUUUUGGACGACAGAGCAGGCUGCCUUUUUCUUAUACACUUUACCUCUUGCCUUUAAACCAAGGAAAAUGCGUGCAUUGUAAAGGGAGAUACAAUCAACCUGUUUUUUUUAAUCACCUUUAACAUAUAGCUCUGUAUUCUAUUGUAUUAAUAAUUGUAUAUUUUCAUUUAACCUUCCACAAAUAUUUUCUUAUUAGAUGAAAAGAGUUUGCAUAUACAAAGAUAUGGACGCACGAGAAACGAGAGAAGUGUAGACGAAUGAUUCCAUUGAUUUCCACAAGAGAAGGGAAAUGAACCGAGUCCGUUGUUCUCAGGAUUUUCUCCCUCGUGUGACCAGGAGCUCCUUCAUAUCAGCAGUGGUUACUUGUUUACAGCCCGGCUGCUCUCUCAUCAAAUCUUUCUGGGGACCCAGAUGAAGAAAGCGGCGAGAGUCUCUCGCUGUUUCUUCUUUUUAAUGACUCAAAGGGAUGAAAUAACAGUUAAAUGAGUAACAGUUCUGAGCACUUCCACCAGGUGGAUGAAGUACUUAAGUACCAGCCGUGUUUUCUGUGUUUGUUUUCUUUUCUUUCAGAUUUAUGAAUAGUACUGAUGCUGAGGGGAGGGGCGCGGGGCGUUGAGAGGCAUUAGAUCAGCAGGGUCUACAGCUGUGGUCAAGGGUUGCAUUGUAGGUCAAGCUCGUGAGUUUAAUGUUUUAGAUUUCAAUCAUAGUGCAAACUUUACUCUUAUAACUACACAUGUCUGUGCCUUUUAAGUCAGAAUGGUGUUUUUUGGUAUAAUCCAGUCUGGGAGAGAGCUGUGCACAGUUGUGGGCAGCGCAGAGGCUCGUUAACAGUUACUUUAACGACAGCCGCAAAGAUAAUGAGUGUCAGUGCUGAGGUUAAAGAACAGCACUGGUGUUUUCAUGUUUGAGCCCAUCUACUACAAAUUAAGGGUUUUUUUUCUCUACAUUCUUGCUGCAAAGGUUUUUUUGUUAUGUUCCAGGCGGUCUUUAGAUUCACUACUGUAUGAAAAUCAAGCUGCAGAAACAAUGAACAUCAUGUCUGAGUCUUUUUGUCAAAGUUGUGGUGUUCAAUAAGUGUCAGCUGACGCUCGUAAAGGCAUUAACAAGCAAAAGUGAUUGAGAGAAAUGGAGUAAGGUUUCAUGUUUCUGAGCGUAUAAGAGCCCAAGGUGACAUCUUAAAACAGUGUGAUUAUUAAAGGCACCCUGUGGAGUUUUUGAGCAGUUAAAGAGCUACAGAGCCAUGUUUGAUCUCACACAGCUGACACGAUACACAGUCCUGCUGGUGGUUCCAUGCAUGCCAAGAAACGCAGCAAUGUGCCAACAAAAGAAAGGAAGAAGAAGACUGCUAGCUAGUAAACAUGGAAUUAGACAAUGGAGAUUUCAAAUUCUUCCAAAAAAAAAAAACAGCUCUACAAAUGUUUGAUAA